AUGCACACGUGUACAUGGAAAUAUGCUAGUUGGGUUAUUAUACGAAUUAGUCCCGUUCCAUGGAGAUCUGUUGACGGUGUAGAAAGUUCCCUAUGCAUGGUCGGCGCUGUAGUCACCAUCCGAAUGCGAAUCGGCGUUGCUAUCCCGAACCGCGAGCUGUGACUGGUCCUCACUAAUCUCUCUAACCCACUUCAGCUUUUGAAGAUCGCCCUACGCUCAUACUUCAUUUCUGCUCCUUCAAAAGAAAUUCUUGCGAACCAACAAUCAAACCGGCCACUCAUAAUGCCGCCAAUACUAAAGUUGGGACCUAAAGGCGAUGAAUGGGCGUAUGAUAGAGGGGCUAAGUCUUACGAUCUCACCCGCGGGGAUUCCUCCCCAGGUCUUACUCUCCGCACUACGCAGGGACCAACAGACACAUCGCUCACAGUAGCGCCAAAAUUGACCGCUCUAGUGGUGGUGGAUAUGCAGAAUUUCUUCCUUCAUCCGAGGUGUAAUGACCACCCUACUGGCUUACAUGCGGCACAGCGAAUCCUCGAAGUGGUUAACAAAUGUCGAGAGGUUGGCAUUAAGAUAAUCUGGCUGAAUUGGGGCUUGAAUGAUAGCGACCUCGGCGCUAUGCCCGCAGCUGCUGAGCGAAGCUUCGCCAGUGGUCUCAUUACACCACCCCUUGACAAUAAGCAAGCUAGAAAUGGCUUUGGCUCUGAUAUGGGUGAAGGAAGAGGGCGGCUCCUAAUGAAGGGCUCAUGGAACGCCAAGCUUUACGAUCCUUUGUACGACGCAAGCCAGCCAGAUGUGGACAUUUCCUGCAACAAAGAUCGCAUAUCGGGCUUUUGGAACGGCGACACAGAGUUCGCGAAGGCGCUGGCUGUCGGUGGGUUCCGUACUCUCUUGUUCACCGGUGUCAACACGGACCAAUGCGUGCUGGGCACACUGACAGACGCAUAUUACCGCGGGUGGGACUGCAUCAUGCUUGAGGAUUGCUGCGCAACGAAGACCCCAGGAGGACAAGAGGUUACUAUUCAUAACACCUCGAGGGGGUAUGGCUUUGUAACAGAUAGUAGAAGCUUUAUUGAGGACGCAUGUCGGUAGUUACAGAAGCGAAACUCCUAUGCCAAGUAUUUAUAUGUACCCGAGCGAUGGAUGGUAGGUGGGGAUAGGCGCUGAGGCGCUGGGAUUAGUCCGAAUUGCCGGUUAUUUCGACAAAAUAAAUUCCAAUUAUGUCUCCGAAAGCUGGGUAAAUUUCUCCACUGCG